AGCGAAGGAGACGAAGAAACAUGAACUGAGAGAGGUGGUUUGAUACAUGAACCGUUUGUCUGCUAGUUGAACUAGCUCUGAUACUCGCUGAUCUUUUCGGACUCGCCGUCAGCAAGUGGAUCCUUCCAAGUUCGGAAAUUAAGCAAUCACACGAUCACAGAUCUCUAUCUCUCUCUGCCUCUUUUCGUAUCCUUCAUUCGCCUCUCCCAUCCUCCCUGCUUUGUGCUUCCCACAUACUGUCGGGGAUGCUUGACGACGGGACGGGUUCUGCUGUCCCAACCCUCCGGGCAUGUUGACAAACAGCCUGUCGAACGCCAUGAGCAACAUCCCUGUUCGCCUUGAACAGGACGCGGGAGUCUCGCUCCCCAGCCUCCCCUUGCCUCAUUCUUCCAAUACGAUGAUGGGGUUGGGUGUCCAGCCGAUCAUAGCAAGUCAACCGUGCAUGGCAGUGCCAGGCAUGGGCGGGCUGAUGGUGCAAAACGGAUUUGGAAAUCAGGCGGACGUAGUUCCGCCUUAUGUUGUUCUCCCAGGGAUCACUGUCGCCACGAUGACUCGGCUUCUUGCCAACAGCGUCAGUGCGCUGCAGUCCAACGCGGCCUACCGCUCUGGCCUUCAGAUGCCGGGCAUCGGAAUCUCCGGAGUUCCUGUGGGAGUUGGAAGCGGAAGCGGAGGUGUUGGUGGUGGAGGGUUUCUGCUCAAUCCUUCGCUCCCUGCUUCAUCAGCAUCGAUCCUUUCGCAACAUGAAGUGAUAACCGAGCUCUCAAUGCAGCUGAAACAGGCAGAUGGAGCUGGAGAGAAGAACAUGCCGUUGAGACCUGUACCGACCAUGGGUACGGUGUGGAGCCAAACUAACUUGGGGAUCUCAACUCCUUCGGCUAAGAGAGAGCAUGAAGUUGAUCAGAACGUGCCAUGCAAGAUGCCGACCUCGAUGGAUGACGGGAGCUUGGACAAGGCGGAGGGCGAUCAGGGAGGAUGGAGCACGCACAACAUGCGGCUGCUUUCGAAGGUGUGCGAGGAGAUUGAGAAGAGCUCUUUCUCUGCAGUCUAUGCCUCCAAGGCCAAGAAGAUCCCCUACAAACAGCACGCGAUGGGGAGCGUUGAUGCGCCUGACGCUCCCUCCUACGACGACUGGAUGGAGCUGCAAGCUGAGAGGGAGGCAGUGGGAGUACAGGAAGAGGAAGGGAGUCGACCGCUCAUGUCUUCAUCGGGCUACAAGACCAAAGAGCCGUCGAUCGCCGAGCUCUGCAACCAAUCGGUGCAGGCAGUUGUGGUUUGCGUGAAGAGGAAGAACAAUCCCCAGGAUAAGGAUCAUAGAUGCGAUACGGUUGGAAAGAAGUUAGACGAGGAUUUGGAUAGAGCCAUCCUGGAGAAAGAUCCCAAGGUGAUCAAGGAGCUGCAAGCCAAGCUCGCAGCUGAGCAUGGGCUGAGCGUCAAGACCAUCCGAGAGAUUUGGAACAGGAGGACGAGGCCGAAGAAAGCUCCUAGGCUGAUGCUCAACAAGCAGACACCUGGUCUGAUAGAGUGGAAGUUCUCUUUAAGAGAGUUAGCUGAUUCACUUGCAGAUAACAUCGCCGAGCUUAUUCAACUUCCUCAGUACUCCGGACGUCGAAAACCAUGGAAGGUGUCGCUGUCGGCAGAGGAUGCCCGAGACAUCUUCCGUCAACGUCCCUUGUGA